AUGCUAACGGCCUCUUCGCGGCAGGGUUCCGGCACCAGCGAUGUGCUCGACGAGACGCUCGGGCGUCUCGCAAAGAAGGCCGGCGUCAAGGCCACGAUUUUGCUCGACCGCGCGACGGGCUCGAUCCUAAAGAUGGAAGGCCAGAUCUCGUCAAUCCGGACUUCGAUUGGUCGUGGCAACGGCGGCAGCGGCAGCGGCAGCCAUGGCGCCACGAAGGAGAGCAACGGAAGCACAAUGGUGACCAGCAGCACGAGCAUGGCGGCGGGCGGCGGUUUUGCAGAAGAUGCGCUGUUGAGCGGUGCCGGCGGCGACAAUGGAGUACCAGCGGAUGACACAAAGGGCGCGCGUGAGCUGGCCGGGCUGGUGUGGAACUACGUGAAGACGUCCGGAGACCUCGUGGAGGCCAUUGAUACGGAGGAUGAACUGAAGCUUCUCCGGUUACGAACAAAGAAGCAGGAGCUUGUCAUUGUACCCGACCCGAAAUACCUCCUGAUUGUGAUCCACGACACACCGCCUGCUUAA